CAAAAGCAGGUGGAACUCGGAGCCGCCGCUCCAAAGCGUCGACUCCGAAGCAGGAGAGGACAGCGCAGCGCGCCCGGCUCCACGCUCGCCAACCCAGCCGCUCAUCGCGCAACGCAGCGGACUGCCCUCGCUCCCCUCCCCGCCUGUGAGAGGCGCUUAUGUAAAAGGACCAGAGGCAAUUAAAGAGCAGGGCGGGCAGCUCCGAGGACGCCGAAGAGCUUGGGUGCCGCCGCGAAACCAGAGGCUGCUUUGCGCGCGCCGCCGCCACAGCUCGGAAGCUCCUCCACACACACAAACACACACACCGCGAGGGAACUGAGGAGAAAGCUCUCCCCGGGGCGGCCGUAUGUGCGAAGUCGGGACGCGCCCUCCGCUCCCCGCCGGCGACCGAGGCGGCGGAGAGACUCCCCCGGCCAGCGCGCUGUCGCCGCCGGGCUGCGUGGCCGGCGACAAGUGCCGAGAGAUGGGAGAGCAGCCCAUCUUUACCACCAGAGCGCAUGUGUUCCAAAUUGACCACACCACCAAGAAGAACUGGGUACCUGCAAGCAAGCAGGCUGUAACUGUUUCCUACUUCUAUGACAGCACAAGAAACAGCUAUCGGAUAAUCAGUGUGGAUGGCACCAAGGUGAUUAUAAAUAGCACAAUCACACCUAAUAUGACCUUCACAAAAACAUCACAGAAGUUUGGCCAGUGGGCUGAUAGCCGAGCAAACACUGUGUUUGGCCUGGGGUUUUCUUCUGAACAGCAGCUAACAAAGUUUGCCGAGAAAUUUCAAGAGGUGAAAGAAGCUGCCAGACUGGCAAGAGACCGGUCUCAAGAAAAAACAGAGACUUCUAGCAAUCAUUCCCAAGAAUCAGGGCGCGAAACUCCGUGUUCUACUCGGGCGUCCAGCGUCAAUGGGACGGAUGAUGAGAAGGCAUCGCAUGGCGGUCCCUCAGAUGCACAACUGAAAACAGAGAAUGACAAACUGAAACUUGCCUUAGCCCAGAGCUCCUCCAAUGUAAAAAAAUGGGAAACGGAACUGCACAGCCUUAGGGAGAGCAACGCCAGACUGACUUCUGCACUCCAAGAAUCUGCAGCCAGCAUAGAACACUGGAAGAAACAGUUUUCCAUUUGCAAAGAUGAGAACGAUCAACUUAGGAGCAAGAUUGACGAACUGGAAGAGCAGUGCAAUGAAAUAGAUAAGGAGAGAGAACGAAAUGCGCAGUUGAGCAGGCGCCUCCAGGAAUUGGAAACAGAGCUGCAAGACAAGGAGCUGGAAAUAGAGGAUCUUCGGAAACAGGGUGAAAUCAUACCAGAGUUGAUGACAGAAUGUGAAACGGUAUCUGAGAAAUUGCAGGCUGCUGAGAAAAGGAAUAAAGACCUAGAAGAGAAAGUCAGAGCUCUAAGGACAGAGGUGGAAGAGAGCAAACACAGACAAAACAACCUUAAGACUGAGUUACAAACUUUUUUAGACGUACUAGAUGGAAAGAUCGAUGAAUUGCAUGACUUCCGGCAAGGACUAUCUAAACUGGGAGUUGAUAACUAGGGAAUAGCAACGUAUAUCUUUUUGUAAAUUAACAUUUGGUGGGUGUGCAUUUUAAUCCUAAAUGUCUGUUCCACAAAAAAAAAUAACCAGAGUAUUCUUCUUGUUUGCAAUGUGAUUUGUACAUAGAAUUUAAAGAUUUAAUGGUUCUCUCCCCCACUACCCAAUCUUCCUUUUCUUUCUUUCCUUCCAAAAAUUGUUCACUUUUCUUUUUUAAGGUAGAGCUUUGUUUAUCUUGCUGCUUCUGGACUUUGAGGCUUUGUGAACAGGUGGGGGAGGGUUCUUGCCUCAGGAAAAUGGAACUAGACCUACCUUAAAAUGAAUAUGCAUUAGUUGUUGCAGGGAAAUUUCUAUCUUAAGGGCUGCUGCAACCAUAGAAACAGGAAGCGAGCCUUUUCCUAAUCUUGAUUAUCAAGCCCUGUGCAGUUUUGUGUGUGUGUGUGUGUGUGUGUGUGUAACAGGCCACAGUGAAGAUGAGAGAAGAUGUUUGCAAUUUGUCCAUGGGCUUGAAAAAGAAAAAUGCACUUGGGAGCAGCCAUUGGCAGGUAGAGAAAUAUUCUUUUAGUAGAUGCUCUUGGCCUCAGGAUCAAUUUGUGAAGCCUCAUUUGAAGAAUUCAGUGGUGGCUUUUUUUUUUAAUUAAAAAAAAUACCCAAGAGGCCUUUUCAUACAAAUUUUGCCAUGUUCAACAAUGUGCAUUUGAAAUCAGUGUAGAAAUCACAAUGUGUUCGGGUGUGGCUCUUUGCACUUAUCAUCAUCAUCAUCAUCAAACCUUUAUUGGAAUCACUUACAAACAUUCAAAAUAAAUAGGCCAGUGGUUUUUCCAUCUCCUUGCUCUGCUUGUCCAUCAACCCCGAUGGGCACCUGCAUUGCUGUUUGGUGAAGCUCGGCUCACCUGCCCUGCGGCUUCCAUGUGAGCCUAGUUCCCCCUUUCAGAGGCUUCUGCCCUACAGCAGCAGGAGAGGCACUCAUGCCAGGCCUGUUUUCCGCAGAGAGAUUGUGGUAUGCAAGCCGCCUGCCAUCUCUCUCCUCUGGGCUCCUGCUGGUCUUGGUCUCUGCCAGAGCCCCCCGUCUGAGUUUCAUAGGAUGCUGCCCACGCCAGCUGGCCUCCCCAUAAUAUAUAUUUGGAAAAUGAAAACAGGCCAUUGUGAUGUGCUAUGCCCGGGAGCCUUGGGCAAUGGCAGUAGAGAUGGAAAUGCUUGAGGGGCCCUCCUGGCCGGUUCCUUCCUGCCCCACCGUCCCUCCAGUUUAAUGGUGGGGGGAGCCGGCAGGACAGAGGACACUCAGUAACCAGGAAGGUGGGCCUGCCCUUUGCACUUCUGGUACAAUGGACGUGGAAGUAGUUACCCAAAGUUGGUUGGCAGUUUCCAAGCCUUUGAGGGUGUUUAGACAUGCACAUGUUGUACAUUAGCCAUCUGCAUGCCGGGGAAAUAGGCACUCUUCCUAGGAUCCAGGGUCAGUUCACUCCCGGAGCAAGGAUGUUAAGUAGGGAACCUUAGGCCCAGGAGUCAAAUGCCUCUGCAGCUUUCCCUUGGAAGUUCUCCAACACCACAUCCCUCGCUGGUCCUGCUUUGUACCACAAGUGUUUUUGCCUGGCUGGAAUUUGCCCUUGAAUUCUGGCAAUGCCUUUUGCUUCGCUGGAUGGAGAACAGAGCAGGCUGUGUGAGUGUGCAUAGGAACUAACCUGUUACACAGAGGUAAUAUUUACGUUCUUUGCUCCAUCCACUGGCAUGUAGCCCUUGGAAAGGGACCCAGAAGAACAUGUGGCCCUUGGGCUGGAACAGGUUUCCCAUCCCUGAUGUAAGCAAUUGGCCCUACAAGUUGCUGCCCCUAGCACUGGCUGGCAGCAGCAUUUUUACAUUCAGGAUACAGGUAUUUGUUUUAAAACCAUUUAUGUGCCACCUCUUCACCCAGAGAAACCUCAGACGUUGGUUGCAACAAAGACUUUAAACCAUUGUAAGGAUUUAAAGAGCCUGUUAGGAUAAAAGUAAAAGCAAUAUGGAAAUAAAGGUGGAACAACCUAGCGGUUUGAAAGCACGUCAAAGUGCAAGUAGAUAAAUAGGUACCGCUCCAGCGGGAAGGUAAAACAGCGUUUCUGUGCACUGCUCUGGUUUUCCAGAAGUGGCUUAGUCAUGCUGGCCACAUGACCCAGAAGCUGUACACCGGCUCCCUUGGCCAGUAAACAAGGGCAACAAGGGGAAAAUGUGUUUUAUUGGUGUUGUACUGGCUAUGAGGUUGGUGCCUGAUGUAAAGAUAUUAGAUGCUGCAGCAAGCAGGCACAAAUUGGAGGAGGGAGGGCCAGUGGAAGAGUUGUUGCAGACAGUGGCACUGGUUGCAACUUAGUUUUAGAAUUAAGUAUCCACCCAAGUGUCCUCUAUCCAAGAGUUCAACCCCCAGCACAUUCAGGGGGGUGUCUUCAAACUAAGCACCAAGACACAUGGCCCCCUAAAAAGGAACAUCCUGGGACAUCAACCCACCUUGAAGGUUUCUGCUCUGUCCCCGAAGACCUGCUCUUUAAUUCCAGGUGAAUCAAGGCUGGUGGUGGUCACAGCUGGGAUGAAAUGAGAAAGUCAUUUUCACAUGCUCCGAAACACUCCCGUUAGUAUCUUCAGCUUCUUUCAGGGCUGAGCUCCUGGAAUUACAAAAACCAGGUCCUGGGACAGAGUCGUAUCUCAAACGAAGCUCUGUACAAACCUUCCCAAUCUUGUGCCUUCUACAUCUUUGGGGGCUACGUCUUCCAUCACCCUGGCCAUGCUAGCUGGGGCUGGUGGGAGUUGUUGUCCCAAACGUCUAGAGGGCACGGCACUGGGGAGGGCUGCUGACACAAAUGUCUGUCAGCCACUCAGACUGUAUUGCAAGUAUCACACUGGAAAACACUUCUUAGUCAUGCCUGUUAUGGAUCUUAGUACUGGCAGUUACCCGAACUCACCACCUUUGCCUGCUAUGCAGAUGUGUGGAAGCUCAAAGGUGCCCUGCCUAACAGUGAGCUACCUCCUCUUCCAUUUUUCUGUUCUGUGUGUUAAGCACCCGCGGCUCCUAGCUGCUUUUAAAACUGCAGGAGGGAGUUCACCUCUUCAUUCACAGUGCUCUCUCCUUUUGUGUCUGCCAUUGCAUGGGUGUGUGAUUCAAUUUUCUCUGCUCUUAAUAGAAAAAGCCACCUUCUUAUUGAAAAAGCGUUGGAGAUAAAUCUCUCAUUUUGGACUGUGUGAAUCUCCCAUUUCCUCGUAAGGUGCAAAGUAUGAAGAGGGCAGUUUGCAACAGCUUCUUAGCUGAUGAAACCUUCUUGUCUUCCCUGAUCCACCUCCAAAACAGUUAGCUAUUCUUUCCGCUGAUAUACAUGCAUAUCUAUAUUGCAGUGUGCCAUAGGGUUUUAUGGUGGUGUUGGAGUCUUCAGCCUUUGCCUAAUGCUUGAGCCUUUGCCUAAUGUCGUGGGGAUGGUGCGGAGUAGAGAGAGGAGUCUAGCUGCCAGUGGAUGAGCUUCUCAGAUUCUAGAGAGGCAGGGUUAGCAGAUGGGAUGGGCCCAGAAAAGGAGGUUCAGAGUAGUCAGUGGUCCACAGAGAGGAGUGAGAAGAGAGGUGCAAGGCACAAUGAUCUGAAUGCACAAGCAGAGUUAACAAAACAGAUCUGAAAUAGCAAGCCAAGCGUUUGGCUGUGCUCGUAGGACACCGCUCUCCUUAAUUUUUGCAUCCUUUGGCUCCUGAGAGCAAAACCAUUUGCUCACCAGUAAACCUCUCCAGUAAACCUUUCCCACUGAACUCCUUGGAAUCAAAUUUCCUGCCCACUCGCCCACCCCAUGCCUCUGAUCUGAUUUCUUGUUGCUUUGAGCCUACGCCUAACCCACUUUUUCCUUCUGCCUCAAUUCACAGGCUCCUGAUCCAAGAUCGUGUGCCGGGGAAGGGGUGGGUUCAGAGCUUCUCCUUCCAGUCAGGUGACUUAGGUGUGUUAGGCUGAGCUUAAGCCGUGAUGAGGAGCAUGUGGGCAGCACAGGCCAAGGCCAACAGGGUGACAGGACUGGACUUCUGUGCUAUGUCCUCUUCUUUGGCAAUUAAAACACGGAGGCGGUUCUUUGCCAGGAGCAAAGUCUUUGACGUUUUAGAACUGAAAACAGGCUUCUAUAAAACCUACAGCUGCCAUAAAUAACACCAAGGCUGCCUUUUUAAAAAACAAAACAAAAAUCAUUUAAAGGACUGUGUAUUUACACCCCAGCCUCUUCCUUAGUCUACCAUCUGCUGCAAAAGUUUUGUGUGGUGGUCAGUUGGCCAGGAGAGAUGGCAUGUUUGCUGUGCUGUUAAGUUGGCUACCUCUGUCUUCCCAGAAAGUGGGGCUGUCCUAGCAGUAGUCGAAAGAUUUCAAGAUGUUGAUCAUAGAUAUUUUCUCCUCUUUUGAAGUGACUACAAACCAGAGCAGUUGGGAUCAAGUGGUGCUUAAAGAACCAUAGCUCAUUGGUAGAGGGCAUGCAAUGAUGCUAACUUCAGUCCCCAGCAUUUCCACUUAAAAAGGCUCAAGAAGCAGGUUAUGGUAACAACCACUCUCCCCUGGGGAACCUGGGGAAUUGUCAGUUGCAUUUAGUCAGUCACUAUUGGCUAAAUGAAGAAAUAUUCUGAUAUCAUAAGGCUGCAUUUUCCUGUACCCCAAAUCUGGCUCCUAAAGCAAUUUGGGGGAGCCUCAGGUGGUGCUGCCAUAUCUUAUUCAAGGUGUGCUAAAUGCUUGCUCCCAAUUUUAAAAAAUGGCAGAAGGGGUCCAUACUGGCAUUGUGUUUCCCUGAGGACUUUGCAUGGCAUGCCUGGGGAUGGGUAGGAAAUUUGAUUCAGUUCAUACCGUAUUUAAAUGUGAAUGAAGCUAAAUCAUUUGCACUAUCCAAAUACAUAAAUUGAAACACAAGUCAUCCUUUGGAAUGUGCGCAUUUCUGAAUUUUGCAAUGCUGUUCUACAGCCAAGUAAUGGGUACAGAAAAUGAAAACGGCAGGGUAAAGUGAAAAUAAUAAUGCUGUAUUCAAAAAAUUCUGAUAUUUGGGGAAAUUGCUUUGCAAAAAAUGUGCAUUUUAUGGGAAACUGCAUAGAUAUGUACAGCUUAAGAGAAAUUUGCACUAAAAUGCUGGUGAAUUUUCAUUAGAAAGUGCAUUUCUCAAACUGAUGUGGAGAACUGGAGAACUUAAGACUUAAGAACUUAAAACAAGAAGUUCAGAGUUAUCAAAAUUCAGAGGAACCUAGUCAUGCCUCAGCAGGUUUAUUAGCAUAACUGAGUGGAUUUCUAACCAGACUUUCAGGGUGCAUUGCCUUCACAAGAUGAUGAUAAUAAUAAUAAUAAUAAUAAUAAUAAUAAUAAUAAUAAUUUAUUUAUACCCCGCCCAUCUGGCUGGGUUUCCAGAUUGCAGAAUAAAUUUAAAGUGCAAAAAGUGAGCAUAAUAACCAAUGGUCAACAAAUACGAUACAAUUGGCAUUGCAAUGUCAUGAAUUUAAAAGCAACAACAAACUUUUCCCCAAGCACAGCGUAAACAAAGGCAGGCUGGAAUAAAAAACGCCAAAGAGCUGCUUUCACACAUAGCAUUACUUCACGCGUUGCACGGUACCAAUUAGUUCCAUUUGGACCACCUUCAGUGUGUCUAAGCAAGGGCCCAUUUGGUUCAGCAACAUGGAGCCCAGAUCAAAGGCAGCAGAGAGGAAGAGGUCAAAGCAUCCCCACAGUUGGAAUCGGUGUGGACCAUCCAAGCCUGUGAGACAUCUUGAACCUGAAUGCUGAAGACACACAGCACUACCAGUCUUCAAAACCACACCUAAGACCACCCAGGUUAGAUAAGCUUAGGGAGAUUGUUGGGGAGCAAGUUAUACCCACAAAAUACUCAUUCUGUUCUCGCUACCUUAUCCUCAGUUACAACCCCCCAAACCUAAAACCUGCUCUAUCUGGCACCCUGGUCAGGAAGAUGAAACUUUUGACAGUACUCUCAUCCAGGAUUAACCCCUGAGUGGUUGUCAAUUUUCCAUUUAAUGAUCUGUCACCCCAAAGCACCAUCUUCAGACCAGGGGGAUGGGCUAGCAAUUUGGAAGAAGUUAUUCGGAUGCCUGAAAUAUUGUAUGCUAUGUUCAGUAGUAAUAAGAUACCUUGAGUAAAAAAGGGUACUAUAUAAGAGGUAUCUAUUAAAUAACGCUGGGGUUGUAUCCAAUGCUCGCCCUGCUCAACGUAAACCCACUGAAGUUAAUAGACACGACUAACUUAGGUUCAUUCAUUUCAGUGGGUUUACUCUGAGUAGACCUUAGUUGGCCACAGCCCUCUGCAAAUAUGCUUGAUAUAAAUAUGUAUAUUCUGUUGGUGGAAGAAGUGUUGAAUGGAGUUUGUAGAAUGGCUAGCCAGUAUGACAUUUUACUGUGAUAAAAUGAGGAGGUAGAAAUUAACUUUUAAAACAUCAAGAUGCCUAUAUAUGUGUAUAAAGUUUAUAUGCAUAUUUGUAAAUGUUUGAUUGCUUGCUUGCUUACUAGAUUGCUUCUUUCUGUUGCUUUGGCUUCUUAUACCCCUGGUCUUAAGGAUGCUGAGCCAGUCUGUAGGUAAAUCACAUGGUUCUUUGGACUGUACCAUUUCACGUGUGUGUGUGUGUGUGUGUGUGUGUGUGUGUGUGUGUGUAAAGGCUGCUUUUACUAUGGGAAAGGACUCAAAUGGGGAUAGAAGCACCAGCUGUUGUUUUGAAAUGGAACUACCCUAAAAGCUCUGUACGAUGUGUUUCAUCUAUACCUGUAGAUUAUUCUAAUUACUUGGAUGCAACUUUCCAUCAAUUCCAGUGGUGCUUUCACAAAAGUGUGCUUGGGAUCAUAACCUGAGGGCCGCUUCAUGUAAAUUGCUGGACUGGGGCAAAAGACGAAUUUCUGGGAUCUGUUAGUAACCCACUCUAAUGAUGACAACCUUACCACUUAGUGGAAAUCAUGCAGACACACCCCUCUUUUAUGGAAUGAAAAUAUAUCUUGUGGGAAUCUGGUGCACAAUGACAACUUCAGUUUGCAAUAAUAAUUAUUUAUUAAUUUCUAUACUGCUUACAAGCCAACAUGGCUUCUAAGUGGAGUAUGUAGCCAUCUGCAGUCUUGUAACUUGUUAAGUUGCAACCGGAGUAGCUGGAUCGAUGUGUGCUGAUGACUUGAGAUAACUGUUGGCAUUUAUAUAGCUCUUCCUGAGGUGUUCAAUGCGCUUCAUGUAACAUUAUCAGAGUAAUACUUGCAACAACCUUGGGAGAGAGCCUGGUAUUGCUUUCCGCCUAUUGUCGAAGGAGGAGAAGCUGCAUUUAAACCCAAGGGUGCUGCUGCAACCAUAGUUCAUGCUUUGUGGCAAUGCUUCGACACAGGCACUGUGCAGUGCGCAGCCUAGAUGUGACCACCUGGCCUUUGUAGCAUUCGGAAGCAUUGAUAGCAAGUUCGUGUCGGGUGCCAUAAUUGAAUGGAUUUGCCCCAGUGUGGCAGGACUGAAUAGCUUAACUGGGCAUUUGCACUGCAUGCAGACAGGGCCAGCUCCAUCAUUGGGGAGCUGUCCUAUGGGCCCAGCUUCAGUGAUGGUGGGCCCUGAAGGCUUUGUCUUGGAGACGCACAGCCGCCAUCUUUGAUUUCUGACAAUGCCACAGAAGUGGAGUCAUUUAACGGCAUUGUGGGGAGAACUGGCUGCCAUCACAAAUAGCGAAACUCCCAGGGACAAAUUAUCCUAGCAGGUCUCAAAAAGCUAUUUGCUUGAGACUUUGGAAGGCUGCUAGCCAUUGCUGGUCUGGAUGAGCAUCAUAUGCUUCAACUUCUCAAGUUUUGGUUUGACUCUUGUAGUGGCAACAAGCAGUGGGUUGGCAGAUUUUGGAUUCCUGUAGUGAUUCUGGGCUAUUGAAGCUGUUAUUACCUUAAAUGGACCUGGGAAGUGAGGCCUUGAUUGUAAGCACAAUUGCUUAGAACUAUAUUUUAUUUUAACGUCAUGGCCAUGAUCCAAUACAGUUCUGGGCACAUUUUAGCCCCCCGAGUUUGACUUAUUUUGAGCAUGGCUGAUAGCACACAGGACUGCCCCCAUGGCAUUUAGGAAACAUAGUGUGAGUUAUUAAAAUGUUUUCAGUUAAAAUGUAUCUGGGCAGUUAUGGGAAUUAAUUUGCGUUUUCUGUUUUCUAAUACUGGUUAGCAAUAAUUUUAUUUUAGCCAUAUGCCAACCAAGAAGAAAGAAUGUGCCCCCCAAAAAGGUACAAACUGAUACCCUAAGUCUUGCACAAUUGUCUUCAAUUUGAUGUGUGUGUGGCAGAGAGAGGAGGAGGUUAGCUGACAAUACUAGAAAAAAGCAUUUUGAAUUUAUUAUGCUACAGAUUGUGAUACAUUCUGAAAUUGAAUGUUGAUGUACAGAGCACUUUUAAAAACUGAAAUAUAUUCUUCCCUUGUAGUUAACAAAUAUGAGAGUAUUUUAGUGUGAUAUUGCUAUACCAAAUGUUUUAAAAGUAAGACGAGCCUUUAGUAAUUUGCAAUAUGUUCUCAUGGUUCCAAGUAAGGUUUAGUACAAGAUGAAUUAACUGAUUAUAAGAGUGUGGGAAAACAUUGCAGUGAUUAAACUGUAUAUUUUUAUCCAGAUAUAAAAUAUGAUUAAUCAACCUGAAGAUAUUAUUGUAGGUUGAUUGCUGUGAAAUUAUAUUUUACCUCGUUACUUGUCUGCUGUGAACAAGUCCACCCCCCCCCCAUGUCACUGAAUAUUCAGCAAACAUUGAUAUGUGGAAUCUCUUCUAGUAGCAGUAAAUGAUGGGUUUUUUAUAUAUAUUUGGAAAAACAAAACUUUUUUCUUUAGGAAUUUUCUGUAAUUUUUAUCUGAUUUUAUUGUAUUAUAGAGUCAUUUAUGUCAUAUAUUUAAGUUUAAAAAAUAAUAAUACAAAGUUCUGUCCUGACUCGAUAAACUUCCGGUUUUCUGAAUUACAUUUUCUUGUUGCUUUGCGUUCAGCUUGGGAGAAUUCCCUCUGCCCUUCAAAUAAAAGUCAACCUGGAUUUGAAUGUA